AAAGAAGGAAGUGUACGGAUGCCGUCGGACUGGUUCUGCCUUCCACUUCAACACUCGCCUGGCGUGGAGAGAGAGAGAGAGAGGGGCGAGGAGACUGAAUGUAUUUUUUUUGUUUUUUUUACACCCUCUUCGGCGGCUUCUGAUGUCGAGCGGUGUCCCGGCAGGAAAGUAGCCUGAGUGAGCGAUUGCAGCAUGCAGUCGGACGACACCUAUAAUUUUGUCUUCAAAGUGGUUUUGAUCGGCGAAUCCGGCGUGGGCAAGAGCAACCUGCUGACACGCUUCACCAAGAAUGAGUUCAACCACGACAGCCGCACCACCAUUGGCGUGGAGUUCAGCACGCGCACCGUCCAGCUGGACAACUGCACCAUCAAGAUGCAAGUGUGGGACACGGCCGGCCUGGAGCGCUACCGGGCCAUUACCUCGGCGUACUACCGCGGGGCGGUGGGCGCCCUCCUGGUCUACGACAUCAGCAAGCACCUGACCUACGAGAGCGCCGAGCGCUGGCUCAAAGAACUCUACGACCACGCCGACCCGCAUAUCGUGGUCAUGCUGGUGGGCAACAAGAGGGACCUGGAGGACCUGCGCACCGUGCCCGCCGAGGAGGCCAGGGCCUUCGCAGAAAACAAGGGUCUGCUGUUCAUGGAGACGUCGGCGUUGGACUCCAGCAACGUGGAGGCGGCCUUCAUCGACAUCCUGACCGCGAUCCAUCGCAAGGUCGCCAGCCGAGAGGUGACGCGGGGCUCCAUCAGCGCCGUGACGCUGUCGGGGACGGUCCGACCCACCAGCGAGGCCCAGGAGGAGCGACGGCGAUGCUGCAAAAACUCGUAAAUGCUCCCUGUGCCCACCCACUCCUUUUUUUUUUUUUUUUUUUUUUUUGCUACUGACAUUUGUCUUUAAUGAUACACCGGUGCCUUGACUUGCGAGUUGAAUUCCUACAUGAGCACACUCGGAACUUAAAACAGGGAAAUCACAAAUCAUCCCAACCAUUGAUAUGACGGGAAAUUCGGUGAAUCCGUUCCAGCGCCCCCCCCCCCAAAAAAAACCA